AUGCUGCGGAGCUACAAGGAGCGGCUUGGAAGGCGAGCACCCAGCUACACUGUCCAAGAGAGGGAUAAGGAUGCCCCACCCGGGUCGCACACCCUGGCAUGCAUUGACGACAUUAGCAUCUCCAGGCAGGGCUGGGAAGACCACCCGAGGCACAUAUCAGCCAUACUACAAGCCCUUCAGGAGGCAGAGCUCACAGCCAACCCAACCAAAUGCCGGCUGGCCCGGCAAGAGGUGACCCAAGUAGGAGUGGGGCGGUUGAAACCACUCAUUGACAACAAGCAGGCCCUGGUGCAAUGUGCCACCCCCAUGACAAAAUACCAGCUAGUGACUGACCAUGUGCCGCUACAAUGGCUGAACACCAUGAAAGACACCAACCCCUGGAUUAUGCGGUGGUACCUCUCCCGGCAGCUGUACAGCUCUGAAAGCCUUCACCAGGUCGGGCUGGGCUUCACUCAGGGAACCUUCCUGGCCCCAGGAGGGCCUGGCCAGGAGCGCAACUGCUGGAUGUUAGACACUAUAGAGCUAGAACUGAGGCCCGUAGAGGUUCUGGGUUCCCGACACCUCCACAUUGCCAUGGGAGGCUUAGGGGAGCCAGGGAUGCUUGGCCUGCCGAAAAUGGCUUUGGGGCUCAUGCGGGAGAGGAUCAAAGUGACACCCAAGUGCUGCCAGGGAGAGCGGGCCACCACAGUGCAGCCAGAGCCAGUGCCCAGAGAGACACAUCCUCGUAGGGCUUCAAACCAGGUGCCCGCGUGCCUGGGGAACCAGCUGGAGGCCAAGCUGGACAAGCCAAAUGUAGUGAACUGGAUGUGCCACCGCAAAACCGAGGACUACUUCACCCUCUGGAUAAACCUGCACAUGUUCCUGCCGCUUGGCGUCGCCUGCUGGAUUGACAACACCAGAGUGGUGUAUAACCGCAGCACCGGCAAGAUGUCCAACGCACCUGGGGUGCAAAUCCGUGUGCCCGGCUUUGGCAAGACCUACUCUGUGGAGUACCUGGACAAGAGCAAGCUGGCAGGUUACCUAUACACCCUGGUGCAGAACCUGGUGAACAACGGCUACGUGCGGGACCAGACGAUACGGGCUGCCCCCUAUGACUGGAGGAUUGGACCCAACCAGCAGCCUGACUAUUUCCAGAACCUGAAGGCGCUGAUUGAGGAGAUGCAUGACACCUACCAGAAACGGGUCUUCCUGCUCGGACACAGCAUGGGCAACCUCAACAUCCUCUACUUCCUGCUGCAGCAGCCCCAGGCCUGGAAAGAUCGGUUCAUCGCGGGCUUCAUCUCCCUCGGUGCCCCCUGGGGCGGGGCCGUCAAGGCCAUGCUUGUCCUGGCCUCCGGAGAUAACCAGGGCAUCCCGAUGGUCACAAGCAUCAAGCUGCGUGAGGAACAGCGCAUGGCCACCACAAGCCCCUGGAUGUUCCCAACCAACAUAGCCUGGCCUGAAUCACACGUCUUUAUCUCUACGCCAUCCUACAACUACACAUACCGGGACUACCGGCGCUUCUUCCUCGAUGUCAACUUUGAGGAUGGCUGGUACAUGUGGAAUGACACCAAGGACCUGCUGAAGGGGCUGCCUCCUCCUGGCGUGGAGACCUACUGCCUCUAUGGCACGGGCCUCCCAACAGUGGAGACUUACAUCUAUGAUGAGCACUUCCCCUAUGAGGACCCCGUGGAUGUGGUCUAUGGGGACGGGGAUGACACCGUCAGCACCCGCAGCAUGAAGCUGUGCAACCGAUGGGCCAAGCAGCAGGAGCAGCGAGUGCAUGUGAUGGAGCUGCCGGGAGUGGAUCACCUCAAUAUGGUUUUCAACAACCAAACACUGAGCUACAUCAACGAGAUUCUGCUGGGCAGCUCCCAGGCCAGUGCGGAAGAGCAGCGAGGGCAAAAGACCCUCUUCCAACCCAACCCGGAACCAACACAGGCCAGGAAGAACCUCUCUGGUCGGAGGGCCACUAAGAACCCCAAAAUGAACUGAAGGCAGUGAGGGUCAGCUUUGCUCCCAACCAGCUGCCCUCCAGCAAAGGGUUCAAAUCUGAGUGCCUGUGGAGGGCAAAGGAGCACCCACUCCUGCUAUG